GCGCGGCGUCGGACUGCGGCGCCUGGUGGGUCUCGCGGCGACUGACUGCGGCUACCGGCGGGCCGGCUGAGCUGCUGCGAUGCUGGUGGCGGCGGCGGCCGAGCGGAACAAGGAGCCUAUCCUACGCGUGCUGCGGCAGUACAUGGACCCGGCCCAGCGCGGCGUCCGCGUGCUGGAGGUGGCCUCGGGCUCCGGCCAGCACACGGCCCACUUCGCUCGGGCCUUCCCCCACGCCGAGUGGCAGCCGUCCGACGUGGACCAGCGCUGCCUGGACAGCAUCUCGGCCACCACUCAGGCUCAGGGGCUGUCCAACGUGAAGGCCCCGCUGUACCUGGACGUGACCUGGGAUUGGGAGCACUGGGGCGGGAUCCUGCCCCAGUCGCUGGAUCUGCUGCUGUGCAUCAACAUGAUCCACAUCAGCCCCCUGAACUGCACCGAGGGGCUCUUCAGGGCAGCGGGACAUCUGCUCAAACCCAAGGCGCUUCUGAUCACCUAUGGGGUGAGUGCUUCGGCCAGAGAUGAUGGGCCUCCCCUGGGAGGCAAUCCUGAUCCCAGCCAGUCUCGGCUGCGUCCUACUUUCUGCACUCCCUCCUUUUGGUUGCAGUAUUUUCAGUUGCCUUCUUCCUCGACUGCCCUGCACUCAGGGUCUUCCUUCUUGAACAUACUUCUGGUCAUCUGCCAGUCUCCCUCCAACCCCCUGGCUCACCAGCUGGUCCUCAGCUGUCCCCCGCCCUGGGGGCAGGGAGGGGUGUGUCCUUUUCAUUCUCUGGGUGCCGGCGUGCAAGACUGCCUGUGUGUCCACGGAGGCAUGGCUGACCCCGUGUCUGUGGGUGGCGGGCAGAGCCGUGUCCCCAUCUCCGCAGCCUUAUGCCAUCAAUGGGAAGAUCACUCCGCAGAGUAACGUGGAUUUUGAUCUGACUCUUAGAUGCAGGAAUCCUGAGUGGGGGCUGCGGGACACGGCCCUCCUGGAGGACCUGGGCCAAGCCAGCGGCCUGCUCCUUGAAAGGAUG